AACAACACAAAGCAAAACCCAAACCCCCGAACAAACAAAGCAACAACAAAACAGCAAAGCCAACAUUGACCUCUAACUCUGAAAUAAUCCCGAUUUGAACAACUUCAAGCGAGAGGCAAAAUGACAGCCGAUAGAAAUGUUACGCCACCAGUCUACCUCUCCAAAGUCCCGCUAUGAAGAUUGAGAGGUGGAUAUAGGUCAGUCACAUAACUGCAUCCACUGCCCACGGCAGCUACAGGUCAAGCCUUUGUGUCCAGCUUCUAAACAACCAUGUGGUUGGCGGGUGCUCUGUUGUGGAUUCUUAUUUCUUUUGUUUAAAAAUCAAACUUCUAUCAUACUCAAUUCUCGUCCUUCUUUCCUUCGUAUGUUAAACUCUAGUAAGUAAAAUUUCUAGCCUUGGCCACUUAUAUAACUAUUUGUGUUGCAUGUUCCGUAAAACUCUUACUAAAACUAAACAGAACCGGCAAUUCGACACGGGAUGGGCACAUGCACAUAAGCCCCGCCCUCCACAGCGGGUUAUCCAAUCACUACGCACACUGCACACGGCGUGCCUCGUGUCAUAGCAGCAAGAAAGAGCCCAAGAAGCCAUUUUCUAACGUUUCUGUUGAAAAUAAUCUUCGCUUGUAGGGAAUAUUCGUUUGAAUGUGCACUUCUGAAUAAUUCUUAUGUGCAUUUGAAUAUUUCUUGUGUUCAUUGGAAUAGUUUGGAACAUUUUCUGUGUGGGAAAAAAGUGUGAUCUUUGAACUGUGAACUGCAAGACACUUGUUUCACAACUUGUUUGUUGAUAUCCACUCUCCGGGUAUCGAUUUCAGAUUGGUAAACCUAAUUUCUUUUUAAAAGAAAGGAUCUCACACAUCGCAGGAUGGUUUCGGCCCAACCAAAGCAUCGCCGAAAAGGCACUCCAAGAUGGUCGAAAAAAAUGAAGAAGAAAGCGGUGCUCAGAGGAGUGGUGGAUAAACUAUGGGAGAGGCAGGAGAGAUUGACAGAAGAGAGGAAAGAAAACCAGGUGGAAUGGACAGAGGGGAACGGAGAGCCUGUACCGGGGACCAAGUGGCAGAGAGAGAACAAUCUCGAGGAGAUUAAGAUGUACGCAGAGAGAGCCGACUACUCUUUGGAAUGUGACCAACAAGCAGAAAAACAAGACGCGAACAAGAAAAACCAAACGACCAACCCUGCCAAACACCGGAGAAAGGGAGAGAAACCCUCCCGUGUGACAACCCCAAAUGUCGCUGCCCUGUACGGCCCUGGAGUACCUCCCCCUGACAAACGCCAAAAACAAGGACCUCCGACCCACCAGUCAUCGGCCGACCCCAUCGACCUGGAGAUCCGACCUCCCCCCAGCUCGGAGGUCCCACCUACCCCCAAACUAGCGGUGUCUACCCUACCUCCCCCAAGCUCGGAAGUCCCACCUACCCCCAAACUAGCCAAGGCAAUCUCAUCUUCCCCCGGGUCCCACGCCCCAACAACAGCGACAACAGACUGGGUCCAUCCGGAGGAAAAUCUCAGUGAUGUCAUCAGCCGACGGGAAGUGUCGUCCACCCCUCCUCCCUUGGACAAGAAGGCCCAACCAAAACAUCGCCGAAAAGACUUUCCAAGAGUGUCCGAAAAAAUGAGGAAGGAAGCGGUGCUCAGAAAAGUGGUGGAUAAACUAAGGGAGAACGUGGAGAGAUUGACAGAAGAGAGGAAAAAACCCCGGGUGGGAUGGACCAAGCGGCAGAGAAAGAACAAUCUGAAGCAGAUUAAGAAGUACGCAGAGAAUGCCGACUACUCUUUGGAAUGUGACCAACAAGCAGAAAAACAAGAUGCGAAAAAGAAAAACCGAACGACCAACCCUGCCAAACGCCGGAGAAAGGGAGAGAAACCCUCCCGAGUGAGAACCCCAAAUGUCGCUGCCCUGGACGGCCCCGGAGUACCUCCCCCUGACAAACGCCAAAAACAAGGACCCCCGACACAUCAGUCAUCGGCCGACCCCAUCGACCGGGAGAUCCAACCUCCCCCCAGCUCGGAGGUCCCACCUACCCCCAAACUAGCAGUGUCUACCCUACCUCCCCCCAGCUCGGAAGUCCCACCUACCCCCAAACUAGCAGUGUCUACCCUAGCUCCCCCCAGCUCGGAAGUCCCACCUACCCCCCAACUAGCCAAGGCGAUCUCAUCUUCCCACGAGGUAAGUAACCUGCAUGUUCAAAAUUUUGAAGAUUUUCAAACCUGACAGAAAAUGAAAAGC